UGGCUACACCCUGUGCUUGGUCACAGCACUCCCCGUCCCCUAGACAUAAUCUCCUUCCCCUAGAAUGUAAGCUUCAUGAGGGAGGGAUUUUGUUCUUUGACCACUGUGUCCACAAAGCCAAGUUCAGUGCCUGCCACUCACUAGAUACUCAGUGAUGAUUUGUUGAAUGAAUGAAUGGGUUCAACAACUCCCCCUUCUUCCUGGGCCUGCCCAGAAGUCAUUCAGCAGUUGUUCCCUGGAUCCACUGUGUGCUGGGGGCUAUGACAGCCGUGAGCAAGGCAGUGUCCUGCCCUCGGGAAACUUAGGAUCUGACAAAGAAGGAGACCCAAGAUGCAGAUGGUGGGGAGGUAGGUUCCAGAGUCAGCCCAGAUCCAGAUACAUCCUAGAGCUUCUGGGCCUUUGCACAUGCUGCUCCCUCCACCUAGAAUGCCCUUCACACAGGCUUUGCCUGCGCUGAUGCCCUUCACUCCUCCUUAAGGCCUCGUGGUGGGAGAGAACAUGGUUCACAACGAAGAGCCAGGAAGCAGGGAGGCACACUGCUGCACGGUGGGGCAGGGGUGGUUAGUACCGAGAAGAAAGAGUUGGACCGGAUCAUUCUCAGAUGGGCUUACAGACCACCUUGAGAUCGAUGUGUACUUGGCCAAAAGUCUGGCAGAGAAGCUCUAUCUGUUUCAGUACCCUGUGCGUCCAGCCUCGAUGACCUACGAUGACAUUCCACACCUUUCAGCCAAGAUCAAGCCCAAGCAGCAGAAGGUAGAGCUUGAGAUGGCCAUCGACACCCUGAACCCCAACUAUUGCCGCAGCAAAGGGGAGCAGAUUGCGCUCAACGUGGACGGCGCCUGUGCAGAUGAGAGCAGCACUUACUCCUCGAAGCUGAUGGACAAGCAGACAUUCUGCUCCUCCCAGAGCACCAGUAACACAGCCCGAUACGCUGCUGCACUCUACAGGCAAGGUGAGCUGCACCUGACGCCUCUCCAUGGCAUCCUGCAGCUGCGGCCAAGCUUCUCCUACCUGGAUAAGGCAGACGCAAAGCACCGGGAGAGGGAGGCGGCCAAUGAGGCAGGAGACUCUUCGCAGGAUGAGGCGGAAGAAGACGUGAAGCAGAUCACGGUGCGGUUCUCCCGUCCGGAGUCGGAGCAGGCCCGCCAGCGCCGCGUGCAGUCCUAUGAGUUCCUGCAGAAGAAGCACGCCGAGGAGCCGUGGGUGCAUCUGCACUACUAUGGUUUGAGGGACAGCCGCUCUGAGCACGAGCGCCAGUACCUGCUGUGCCAGGGUUCCAGCGGGGUCGAGAACACAGAGCUCGUCAAGUCACCCAGCGAAUACCUCAUGAUGCUGAUGCCCCCCAGCCCGGAGGAGGAGAAAGACAAACCCGUGGCCCCCAGCAACGUCCUGUCCAUGGCCCAGCUGCGCACCUUGCCCCUGGCUGAUCAGAUCAAGAUCCUGAUGAAGAAUGUGAAGGUCAUGCCUUUUGCCAACUUGAUGAGCCUCCUCGGCCCCUCCAUCGACUCCGUGGCUGUUCUGCGUGGCAUCCAGAAGGUGGCGAUGUUAGUCCAAGGAAACUGGGUUGUGAAGAGUGACAUCCUGUACCCCAAGGACUCCUCCAGCCCUCACAGUGGUGUGCCUGCUGAGGUGCUCUGCCGCGGUCGUGACUUUGUUAUGUGGAAGUUCACGCAGAGCCGGUGGGUGGUGAGGAAGGAGGUGGCGGCAGUGACUAAACUCUGCACGGAGGAUGUGAAGGACUUCCUGGAGCACAUGGCCGUGGUGAGGAUCAACAAAGGCUGGGAGUUCAUACUGCCUUACGAUGGGGAGUUCAUCAAGAAACAUCCCGAUGUGGUCCAGCGGCAGCACAUGCUGUGGACGGGCAUCCAGGCCAAAUUAGAAAAAGUAUAUAAUCUUGUGAAGGAAAGCUUGCCAAAGAAGUCAGAUGGACAGUCAGGGCCUGCUGCGCUGCUCUCCGGGGACCAGCGGGUCCAAGUGGCCAAAAGCAAGGCCCAGCAGAACCACGCCCUGCUGGAGCGGGAGCUGCAGCGGAGGAAGGAGCAGCUGCGGGCGUCCGCGGUCCUGCCCGGCGUGCGGAUCAAGGAGGAGCCCGUGAGUGAGGAGGGCGAGGACGAGGAAGAUCGAGAGGCGGAGGAAGAGGAGGAGCCCAUGGACACCUCUCUUGGUGGCGGCCUCCACAACAGGCUGGCCAACGGGCUGCCUAGCGGGCGGGCGGCCGGCGGGGACAGCUUCAACGGGCACCCGCCGGGCUGCGCCAGCGCCCCGGUGGCCCAGGAACUGAGGGCCUUCGUGGAGGCCACCUUCCAGAGACAGUUCGUGCUCACGCUGAGUGAACUCAAGCGCCUCUUCAACCUGCAUUUGGCCAGCCUGCCGCCCGGCCACACGCUGUUCAGCGGCAUCUCGGACCGCAUGCUGCAGGACACGGUGCUGGCCGCCGGCUGCAGGCAGAUCCUGGUGCCUUUUCCCCCCCAGACUGCUGCGUCCCCCGAUGAGCAGAAGGUGUUCGCCCUCUGGGAGUCUGGAGACAUGAGCGAUCAGCACCGACAGGUUUUGCUUGAAAUCUUUUCCAAAAAUUACCGGGUCCGCCGGAACAUGAUCCAGUCUCGGCUGACUCAGGAGUGCGGAGAGGACCUGAGCAAGCAGGAGGUGGAUAAAGUGCUAAAGGUAUCCCUGCUUCGCGCCGUCAGCCCCUGGCUGGGGGCGCCCAGGGCUGGCUUCUCCCGGCCUCGGGUGCUUCGUAAAUCUGGCCUCUCCCGAGCCAGGGGGUCUCCGCCACUGAUGCUGGGGGGCGGGGGCCGAGGAGUGAGCUGAGGGAGGUGUGGACGCCACCCUCGCAGAGAUAACCGGGCCUGUGAGUCCCGACUCGCCUCCCCUUUAGAAUCGUGUGCAGCUUGCACACGUACCGUAUUUGCAGACCCCCGGCCCGGAAAGCUGCUCCCCGUUUCCUCAUGUCGUGAUGACCUCAGCCAUCUGGGCCGUAACCUAGAGCUACUACUGAGGCACCUUCGUUCUGGGUCUGCUUAGGGACAGUUUUUUGGUUGUUGUUUUUUUUAAUCUUGUGCUUACCAAGCACAUUCAUUUAUGGUUCCUUACUUUUUGGACCCCCCGAGAGGAGGUAGCCCUGAGGCCCAAAUGCUGCUAGUGCAGCGCUGUGAGGAGGCAGAUCUUGAUUUCCCAUUUGUGUUCUGUCCAUUAGUCAUAGACUGAGUUGUGGCGUUCUGUAUGAGACGGAGUCUCCACCUUUCCUGCUCAAGUCUGCCCUUAACACCUCUCUCUCUCCUCCCAGGACUGCUGUGUAAGCUAUGGUGGCAUGUGGUACCUUAAAGGGACAGUACAGUCUUGACAAUAGUC